CUCUAUCCUACAACCCAGUUGGGAUUCACCAAAACAAACCUAUCUGCAACAAACAGCAGGAAAAAGUGUCUGCAUAUAAACUUUCGAUAUGGAAUCAAUACAAAACGCAUUCGAAAAUGUACAAGAAAGAAGGAGCGCAUUAGGAAGGCAAUACCAAUUCUGGGUGGAUCGCACGAUUCCAUUUACAAAUCAAAGAUGGAUGUCUUUCGCUGGACUCUUAUCUUUGUUCGUUAUUCGUAUUUUGAUAGUUCGUGGUUGGUAUAUUGUAUGCUACACACUGGGUAUAUAUUUGUUGAACUUAUUCUUGCUUUUCUUAUCACCCAAAUUUGAUCCCAGCCUGGAGCAAGCCAUGCGAGAUGAAGAGACGGAAGAAGGCGUUUUACCUACGACCAAAGAUGAUGAAUUCCGACCAUUUAUUCGUCGUUUGCCAGAAUUCAAUUUUUGGUACUCUAGUACUCGUGCUACGAUUAUGGCCUUGGUAGCUAGUAUGUUGCGAGUCUUUGACAUUCCUGUCUUUUGGCCAGUCCUUGUCGUUUACUAUUUCGUUUUAUCAUUCUUUUGCUUCCGUAGACAAAUUCAACACAUGUUGAAAUACCGUUAUGUGCCCUUUGAUAUUGGUAAGAGACGUUUUGGUUCCCGUUAGAAUGGGUGCUUUUAAAAGCGUUACGGUUCUCUUUCAAAAUUCAAAACAUAGGUCAACAUCAUUAUGACCUGAAUUGUUUUUGUUUCCUCUUACACUCAAUAACUCAUGUCUUAAUACAGUCUUGGGGAUGUUUCUUGGAACCUGGAUUUCCAUAUUGAAUAAGUAAAAUGUUGGAAAGGCAUUAUGCUAUACAUUUGAUAAAGGCAUCCACGGAAACGGUCUUUGUCUUUGCUUUUGAACAAUUGCCAGUUUCUAAUGAGUUAUGAUAUCUUGCCGUGUUUAAAUGAAAGUAUGAGUUAGGGUUGUACGGGAUAGUCUUUAUUUCAUGAAGCGUUCGCUAUACUGUUUCGGGUUGACACUCCUUUCUUGAAUUUUACGCAUUUACUAGACAUAAUCCAUCCAUUCGCUAUAUGAAUACCCUUUGUUCUUUCAUAGUCUGAUAAUAUAAAGCCGAUUAUUUUUAUGUUGAAUUUUUUAAAAGCAAAUAGGAGUAUC